AUCAAAAAGUAAGCUGGGAACAGGAAACAGAAAUAAUGGGAAGAAAAGAUAGGAACAAUAGGGAGAGGCAAGUGGAAUAUGGAAAGGAAGGAGCAAAAAUUAAGGCCAGGGAUACGCAAAGCCGCGAAGCACGCGAAGAUAAAGGAAAAGAGGAUGAGCAGCCGGUAGUAAUAGAUUGUAGUGUCAAAAAACAGCAGAGAGCCGUGCUAGCAAAAGAGAAGAAAGAGAAGGCGAAAUGGAAUGAAAGUAGCAAAGAUAAGAUCAGAGGGACAAAGCAAGAGAAGGAGGGUGGUAGCAAGCAGGAGAGACGAGAAAAUCGAGAAUUAAUGGAGCAAGAAGAAUUAGAGAACGCAAGAGAAAAGGAACUUUAA